CAGACACAUCAUCCCCAUCCUCUCGUCUCAGGCACGCACAGGCACACGCUGAGACGCAUCCUCUGAUUCCCCAUCCUCUCAGCUAGGUUCUCCGGAUGUAGCCGCCGUGCACAGGGAGCACCACCGUCCACCGGAGCUUGUCGCCCGCUGUCUCGCGGAGCAACCGCCGGAGACUCCCGCGCGGCCGCGCCCCGCGGGAUCUCGCCUAGCCCUCGCCGCCUCGCCCCUGCCAGGCUCCCUCACGCCGUCGCCCGGUCGCGCCGCCCACUCGCCCAGACGCCCACGACCCACUAUCUCGUGGUUCGCGAAGCUACCGCCUCGCCCCUGGCCGCGGCGACGCCCGCCGGAAUCUUGCGGCUGUUCUCCUCCAACUCCAAUCCCCGGCUGUUCUGCUCCAACCCCCUGCCGCAUCACUGCAUCAGUGCAUCCCACUUCACAGUUCACACACCGCACCAACCAGCAGGGCAACAGGGGAAGAGGCAGCAGGCGGGCAGAGGUAGUCAUGGGCAAGGAAAAUCGGACUCAGAAAAGAAUUGAUUUGGUGUUUACAAGGAAAAGAGAUGAUACAAUUGAAGUUGAGGAAGACCAAGUAUUGCCCUUGCUUGAAUUGGAACAGCAACAACCUGAACAACAAUAUUCAGAACCUUCGAGGACAAGGUUAUGACGGCGCUAGUAAUAUGAGAGGCGAGUUAAAUGGAUUGCAAGCUCUUUUCCUCCACGAAUGCCCAUAUGCUUAUUAUGUCCAUUGUUAUGCCCAUCGCUUGCAACUUGCUCUAGUUGAUGCAUCUAAAGAAGUGGUUCCUAUCUCCCAGUUCUUUCAGAAAUUGAUCUUUAUCAUAAACACGGUUGACUCAUCUUCAAAGCGCCAUGAUGAGCUUCAUCUUGCCCAACUAGUUGAACUAGAAAAUGGAAUCUCUAAUGCUAGCAUCGAGACAGGUCAAGGGGCAAAUCAAAUCCGCUCACUUAAGCGACCAGGAGACACAAGGUGGGGUUCUCAUUUUGGUUCAGUUUAUAGCCUUAUGAAGAUGUUUGGUCCAGUUUGUUCAGUUAUCCAAGAUAUAGCCGCCGAUGGAUCAAUUGGCUCAAUUCGUGCAGAUGCAGACACUUCUUUUGGCUACUUGUCCUCAUUUGAGUUCAUUUAUAUCUUAUGUUUGAUGAAGGAAAUCUUUGAAAUAACAGAAUUUCUUGGCCAAGCUUUACAAAAGAAAUCACAAGAUAUUGUGAAUGCUGUCCGCCUAGUUUCCUCAACAAAACAAUGUCUUCAGGAGUUGAGAUCAGAUGAUGGCUACCAAGUAUUUAUUACUACGGUUGUUGAAUUUUGUGUAAACCAUUCCAUUGACAUUCCAGACUUUGAGGAAACAUACAUCAUGCGUGGUGGUCGUGCUCGUCGUCAACCUGAUCAGUUCACCAAGGAGCAUUACUUUCGAGUGGAAAUUUUCUUCUCAACACUGGACACUCAACUAUUUGAAUUAAGCCGAAGAUUCAAUGAUAAGGUAAUGGAUCUUCUAACCAUUAGCGCCACCUUGAUUCCUACAAACAAAUUCAGAGGAUUCAAAGCUAGUGAUAUAUGUGAGAUGGUGAAAAAGUACUACCCAGCUGAUUUUCCCCAAGAUAUUUAUGGAUUACAACAACAACUUAAGCACUUUGUUUCAGAUGCUUCCAAGGAUGAUGAUUUGAAAAACAUAUCUACCUUAAUUGAUCUAUGUCGAUGCCUUGUGGAGACAGGAAGACAUACCGUCUACAAUUUGAUUGACAGAUUACUUCGGUUGCUCGUUACCCUUCCAGUUUCUACAGCCAGUGCUGAACGCGCAUUUUCUAGUAUGAAGAUCAUUAAGACAAGAUUGCGCAAUAAGAUGGAAGAUGAGAAUCUGGCUAAUAACUUGUUAGUACACAUAGAGGGUGGAAUUCUGGAGAACUACAGUCAUGAAGAUGCCAUUGCAGAUUUUAUAAGCACGAAGGAUCGGAGAGUUGAUUUCUAGUAUGUGAGUAAGUCCAUGUCUAAUGUCUCGACACUUUUGUAUUAGCUAAAUCAAUAGUGACUCAUGGUUGAACUGUACUUUGAUACAUAUAUAUUAUAUAUAUACAUAUUUGCUAGCUCAA